GCUCUAAUGGAGCCAACUGCCGCAGAAAUGAACUCCUAUGACGUUUUGUCGCCGGUGAGAGAGGGCUCAUUUGGACGGGUUUACAAGGGAAGAAGAAAGGGUACCAGUAUGGUGGUGGCUCUAAAAGUCAUGCCAAAGCUGGGCCGCUCUGAAAAUGACCUUCAAAUGCUAAAAAAAGAAACUGAAAUAAUGAGAGACCUUCGGCAUCCCAAUAUUGUCCAGCUCUUUGACAGUUUUGAGACAGAAACAGAGCUGGUCUCUGCUCUGUACUAUUUACAUUCCCAUCGCAUUCUUCACCGUGACAUGAAACCCGAAAACAUCCUGCUAGAAAAAAGUGGUGUGGUGAAGCUCUGCGACUUUGGGUUUGCCAGAGCGAUGAGCGUCUCCACCUUAGUGCUGACUUCUAUCAAGGGAACGCCGCUGUACAUGUCCCCUGAGCUGGUGGAGGAGAAACCAUAUGACCACACUGCUGAUCUCUGGUCUUUGGCAUGCAUCCUUUAUGAGCUCCACACGGGGGCGCCUCCGUUCUACACGAACUCCAUCUUCAAUCUAAUGCAGCUCAUUGUGAAAGCCCAAGUGAAAUGGCCAGAAACCAUGAGCAGCACUUGCACGAGCUUCCUGAAAGGCUUGUUGACCAAAGACCCCCAGAAACGGUUGUCCUGGCCUGACCUCUUGCACCAUCCCUUUGUUGCUGAUGGUGUUCUAGUGUUGCCACACACAAAUGUGUCCGGCCCUUUGACGGUAAAACCCAGCCCUGACGUGCUGGCGUUGAAACUCCAGCAAGUGGCAGAGAAGACUGUACCGGCUUCUGGAGAAAGCAGAUUGUUGCAAAAGGUCAGGGAACAAACAGACAACUGCAGUAAGAGGAAACCACCAGGAAGUGACGGUGCCAAAAAAACUAAGGAUGAAAGGAAAAAUGGUGCGAUGGCAGCAGCAAUGUCCCCUAGAGUGCACAACCCCAAGCCCUCCCGUGGCGAUGUUUCUGUUACCUCAGGUCAGCUGGAUAUGAUGGCUGCUAAUGGAAGCCUCGGACCGAAGAUUCAAGCUAGGUCGACAUCAAAGCACAGGUCUAAAGAGAUCGGGCCGCGACUUGUGCAGAGAUGCAGUAAGAAAAGCCAGGCCACACUGCGGCUGCAGGAUGUAAACAACAAGGAAUACUGGGAGAAUCUGGCCCAACUAUCAGAUCCCAGCAGACAAAAGAGAGAGAUAUUAGAUUACAGUGUCGUUAUACCUCAGAUUAAAUCCAAGAUCCAGGCAUUUAAAGCUCAGCUAAAAGGGGGCGUGGUAAAAGAAGUUCAGCAGAUUCAGCAACCAGUGAGGGUCCUACAUAAUCUGCUUGUGAUUGCUGAGGUUGAGAAGUUGAACCACGUUGGGCUUGAACUUGGACUACCCCGUGUCCUCUUUGGCCUGAUCCAGGAUACAGUAGGAAGCUCAGAUUUCAUUAAGCACCAGCAGAGUAUCCCCGUCCUGCAAGAAAUGAUCACAGUGGUCCUGAUCUACUGGGAGAAGAACUGUGCCUGGGUGAGACAAGAACAAAGCUUGGAAGAGUUCACCAUGUCCUUCAAAACAAUUCUUAGUCAACCAAGUCUCAGUCGUCUGGUCCCUCUGGCUGCUUGUGUUUUGUCUCUCUUCACACAACACAAUGUUGAUGUCGAAGUUGAUGUGGAGCAUCUAAUAUCCUUGCUGAAAACUCUGGUCUUGGACCCAUGUGAGCCCCACAUUUCUCCACCCUCUGGUUGGGGACUCUGUGAUGGCCUGCUGUCUUUGUUCCUAGAUGCACUUAAUGAGCAUGAGAAUGGCCCUUUGCCCUCGGGUUUAAAUCCAGUUUUCUUUCUGAAUCUGUGGAAAAAGAUCGGUGCUUCCCUAGAAGGUGCAACAUCAGACUCUGACUUCUGUUCAGCAAAUGGGCUGUAUUCCUUUCUCUCUGCUUUGCUGUUUGCCUUCUGCAAGGAUGCAUAUUUGUGCAUUCCUCUGUUUUGUGAUGAUGGAUCAGAAUGUGUGUACGCUCUUGGUCGCCUGCUGGGCACCGACUGUCUUAAUUUGUUUGCCAAGGACAAUCCUGGGAGACCCAGGGUGGAUCUGGAUCACAACACUUUAUCCACACUGAGCUGCCACUUGUUAUGUUUUCCAUUCGCCCUGGACCUGCCUCCACACACGCUGUCCACAGUUCUCCAGUUGUAUGACAGCUGUGGUAUUGUUACAAGCCUCCUGCAGGUAAUUGAAACCAUUCCUCUUCAGCUACUGGAGCUGCCUCUCUCCCUUCUGAGCCGCAUGCUCCUGUGUGAUCCCCACCGCUCGAUUGACCACCUCACAAAAGCAGCUUCUUCCUUUUUCUCACCAUCCUGGGAUGACCAGCUUCCUGCCUCCAGCCAUCAGAGUCCUCCAACCAGAACUCCCAGUUCUCUGCUCCCCGAACUCCUGCAGUUGGAAAUUCUGUGGGAAGCUGCUGUGGAGCUCCUCACUCUAUUGUCUCGGAUAGCCCGUUGUCCCUCCUGCCCCCUGCAACUUUAUGUAGAAACCUCAGUGCUGCAACAUGCACUGGCUCACUCCUAUGAGCAGAUCAGGGCUGCCACGUGUAGAUUUUUAGGAAAUUUGGAUCCAUUCAGGCCUCUAACACAAUGUGCCCUCCAACCUGACAUUUUCAAAGCCAUGAUAAACAGUCUUAAUGAUUCCUGCGUGCCUGUCCGGCAGGUGGCUUGCAGGGCGGUUGGGAACUGGUUAGGCUAUAUUGCAGCUGGGCUACAUAUGGACAAACCCAGUGAGAAGGGGAUAUAUAGAGAGAGUUGGUGCAUAGAAAAUCAACAAAAUAAACAGAGAUACUCAGAUAUUGAGGCAGCAAGUGAUCUGGAAACAAUAAGAGAGCAGAGAAUGGAGGAGGAGGUGGAGAGAAGGUGGACACAUGAAGCCAGGAGGACCGUGGCCAUGCUGGUAUCUCUAAUCUGUGAUCCUGAUGCCCUCACACGUCGUCACUGCUGCGCUGCCCUGGGAAACCUGCUAAAUGUUGAUGGAGCCAUAUCGUUGUUGCUGGAGGAAAAUGUGCCCGGCUUACUUCUAAGAACUGCAUGCACAGAUUCCCAUAGUGCAGUGAGAAAAGCUGCCAUAGGAUCUUUAUACCUGUACAGCCAGCAGGAUGCCAUGCGUCAGGUCCUGAUGUCUCUUGAUGCCAGUAAGAAGCUUGAUCAGGCUUCACACCAUGCUCCUCCACAGUGUGACUAUCAGCGGCUCAUUGGACAGCUGACUCCACCAGAAGAGUCAGCAGCUUAAAAACCUGCUCCCUGUUUAAC